GGCGACCUGGCGGGGCGGAGCCGGUUCUGGGGACAGCCAAUCAUAAACCGCGGCGGCGAUGCCACGCCCUCAGCGCCCAGUCUUACAAGGGCGAAGAAAGGGCAGCGGGAGGUCCAGUUGGGCCGGUCCUGACCCCUGCUGUUGGCCUCCUGAGUAUAAUAUUAAUACUUUGGAGCGUUCGGGAGUGGAAGGGACCCGCGUUCCGCUGUCUCACGCCUCCACUCGGCGCUAUCCUCGCGGUGGGCCCCGCAGGCCUGUGCGGCCCCUUUCAGAGCCUCCCGGGUCGGACGCGUGACGGCGAGGCUUUCCUUCGUCUCCGCGGACCGCUCUCCAUCCGUGCUCCGGCCACAAUCCAUGGCCAAGCAGUUGCUUCGGGCCGGCUUGACCCUGGCGCUGGGCGUAGGGCUGGGUGCAGCCGCCGAGGCCUGGCGGCGGGCGGACGCAUGGGUGGCGCCGGGGCUGCUGAGCCGGCUGCCCGUGCUGCCUGUGGCGGCGGCGGCCGGGCUUCCCGCCGUGCUCGGGGCUCCGACGGGCGGCAGCCCCGGCGAGUUGGCGAAGUACGGGCUGCCCGGGGUGGCGCAGCUCAAGAGCCGCGAGUCGUACAUGCUGUGUUACGACCCGCGCACCCGCGGCGCUCUCUGGGUGGUCGAGCAGCUGCGGCCUGAGAGCCUCCGCGGCGACGGCGACCGCCGCUCCUGCGACUUCCACGAGGACGACUCGGUGCAUGCGUAUCACCGUGCCACCAACGCCGACUACGGGGGCAGCGGCUUCGACCGCGGCCAUCUCGCCGCCGCCGCCAACCACCGCUGGAGCCAGAAGGCCAUGGACGACACCUUCUACCUGAGCAACAUCGCACCCCAGGUGCCCCACCUCAACCAGAAUGCCUGGAACAACCUGGAAAAGUACAGCCGCAGCCUGACCCGCACCUACCAAAAUGUCUAUGUCUGCACGGGGCCUCUCUUCCUGCCCAGGACGGAGGCUGAUGGGAAGUCCUAUGUGAAGUACCAGGUAAUUGGCAAGAACCACGUGGCGGUGCCCACCCACUUCUUCAAAGUGCUGAUCCUGGAGGCAGCAGGCGGGCAGAUUGAACUCCGCUCCUAUGUGAUGCCCAACGCGCCUGUGGAUGAGACAGUCCCGCUGGAGCGCUUCCUGGUGCCCAUCGAGAGCAUUGAGCGGGCCUCGGGGCUGCUCUUUGUGCCAAAUAUCCUGGCACGGACAGGCAGCCUUAAGGCCAUCACUGCAGGCAGCAAGUAAAGGCAGCCCAGCCAGACUGUGGGGUCGGGGGGACUGGGUGGAAUUAAAGGUGUUGUUUAUUUUUGGAGACAA